UCCCUGGAUGUGUGGUUACCAUGGCAACCCGGGUCACAUGCGUGGGCAUCCUGUAGCAGUGGAGGGAUGCUACACUGCCAUUUUCGGUGAACGGAGAGGCGAGGGGAAACGAUUCAACAUGAGAAAGCAGCUGGGAAAGAGUGCUCUCUAACGUGGCGUUCGGUGCGCUUAGACAACGCUCUACUCCCGCCGCCUGCCCGCCAAGAAAAGAGAAAGAGAAGGAAAAUUAGGCCGGGCACUUUGGAGACGCAUCCACGCCUGGCGCCCGCAUCUCCGUAUCGUCUAUCCGCACUCCUUUUCUCCGGAGAUUGAUUAUAGGAAUGAGUAUAGAAAUCCCUGAAGGGCUGACGGAGCUGUUACAAAGCUUUACCGUGGAGGUUUUGAGGAAUCAGCCGGGGGAUCUGCUCGAGUUUUCCCUGCAGUACUUCACGAAACUGAAGGAGAGCCAGAGCCGCGGAGGGUCGCCGUUUGGCAAUGAGCACAACUCGGCGGCGGCGUUUAGAGCGGCCCGGGCAGUCAUCUUCGCUGAGGAGCCCAUGCAGACCGACUCAGAGAACGGCGAGGAGGACGACGAAGACGUCGAGGAAUUCGUAGCACCUGUCAUCAAUAGAUUUACAAGACGUGCAUCAGUUUGUGCUGAAGCUUUUAAUCCUGAUGAUGAAGAGGAAGACACAGAGCCUAGGGUUAUUCAUCCCAAAUCAGACGAACAAAGAAACAGACUUCAAGAAGCUUGCAAAGAUAUUCUCAUUUUCAAAUCUUUAGAUCCAGAACAAAUGUCUCAGGUAUUAGAUGCUAUGUUUGAGAAGAUAGUUGAAGCUGGUGAACAUGUAAUUGACCAAGAUGAUGAUGGUGAUAAUUUUUAUGUAAUAGAAAGAGGAACAUAUGACAUUUAUGUAAAAUUAGAUGCCAUUAGUCGUUGUGUGGGAUCAUAUGAUAACCGUGGAAGUUUCGGAGAGCUAGCCUUAAUGUAUAAUACUCCCAGAGCCGCCACAAUCAUUGCUACCUCAACUGGUGCUUUAUGGGGUUUGGAUAGAUUAACAUUCCGAAGAAUUAUUGUGAAGAACAAUGCUAAAAAGAAGCGAAUGUAUGAAUCGUUUAUUGAGACACUUCCAUUGUUAAAGUCAUUAGAGGCUUCCGAAAGAAUGAAGGUAGUUGAUGUAAUAGGAUCGAAGACUUACAAAGAUGGAGAACGAAUAAUUGCUCAGGGAGACUUGGCAGAUUGUUUUUAUAUUGUGGAGUCUGGUGAAGUUAGAAUUACUAUGAAGCGUGGCAAGAUUAAAGAAGAUGGAGAUGGUGCAGUUGAAAUUGCACGUUGCACAAGAGGACAGUAUUUUGGAGAGCUAGCUUUGGUAACAAAUAAACCACGAGCUGCCUCUGCUUAUGCCGUGGGAAAUGUCAAAUGUUUAGUUAUGGAUGUGCAAGCUUUUGAACGAUUGCUGGGACCAUGUAUGGAAAUCAUGAAACGAAACAUUGUUAACUAUGAGGAACAGCUAGUUGCACUGUUUGGUUCUAAUAUGGACAUAACUGAUUCCAGUGCAUGAAAAUCACAUGAGGUUUUGGAAGAAAAAUGAAGAGUUGUUCCGGGGAACCUUUCAUCUGUGUGGAUGCCAUUCAUCUUUUCAACAUACUACUCUGUUUUAAACUUUUAAAUUAUGCUGUAAUUAUAGUAAAAAAAAUCGCCACACUUCUAGAAAUAUGAAGAAAUGUUUUGGUUUAAGGUAUAUAACUAAUUUCUUUUUAAGCAUUAGUUGAGGAAUUAUUGUCUUGUUUAAAGCUCAUCCUGUUGUAAUUUUUAAUAAUAAUACACAGAUAAUCUGGGAUUCACUUUUAUGAGAGGUAGGGUAUACAGAGCAAAACACUUGCAGACUGUAAAGAAGCAAAAUACUGUGACUUUCUGUAAAGCAUCUCUACAGUUAGCUUUUUAAUAUGUGUAUUUUGUGCAUUUUUUUUUUUGCUUUGUUUAACAAAUUUUGAGAGCAGCGGCCAUUGUCCUUUCCCAUAUUCUGCUAAGAAUGAGAAAACAAUGACAAAAAUAGUAAGAUGAUUUACUUAUAACAGUCAUUUAAAUAAUGCCUUUAGAUAGUUUAAUAAAGUCAUAUAUUUAUUAUUAAUUAUUCUAACUUGCAAAUAGCAAGUAUCAUUCAGUUAACCCAAAGAGUUCAUUCAUAUAAAUUGAAACCAAAUGCUUCUCCUAAUAAAAUUGUUGAAAAAUGUGCAUUUUAAAUCUGAUCUGGAAGCAGCAUGUGAACAA